AUGAACAAUCCCAACGAAGAAGAACCGUUAUCUAGAGCUGCAAGAGCAGCAGAAGAUCUUUACCAUCUUCGAGACACUUAUUUCCCACCCAACUCCGACGACAGAAUUUCCAAGUUGCAACACGAAUCCGAUCUCGCUCUUAAACUCCUCGAUUCCAUUCCCCCAGAACAAAGAAAAUCACCUACACAACGAGCAACAUUUGAAUAUCUUAGAGGGAAGAUUAUGGAUGUAUUUCCUGACUAUAGGAAAGAAGCUGAGGAUCAUCUAUCAAAAGCUGUUAAGUUAAACCCAUCUCUUGCAGAUGCUUGGCUAUGUUUGGGAAAUUGCAUUUGGAAGAAAGGAGAUUUAAUUGCUGCGAAGAACUGCCUCAGUCUUGCAUUAGACAAGGGUCCAAACAAAAAAAUUCUUUGUCAAUUAUCAAUGCUUAAAAGAAAAAUGUCUCAAGGUGUGGAGAAUCAAGCAGAACUGGUUGAGGAAAGCAUUCAACAUGCCAAGGAAGCAAUCACUUUGGACGUCAAGGAUGGGAGCUCUUGGUAUAAUCUUGGAAAUGCUUGCCUUACAAGUUUUUUUGUCACUGGAGCUUGGGAUCAUACUAAACUUUUACAUUCUUUAAAAGCAUAUCAAAAUGCUGAGAAAGAUGAUAGAAUGAAGUCCAAUCCAGAUUUAUAUUUUAAUAGUGCUACAGUUAACAAAUAUUUAGAGAACUACCAGAGGGCCCUUAGUGGAUUUGAGGCUGCUGCUUUAAAGGAUCCAGGUCUCAAUGCCACGGAGGAGGUUCAAAAGAUAGUCAGUUUACUUGACAAGGUGGACAAUCUUUUGAAGGGACAUGUAAGAGCCAAGCGAAUGACAUCUUUGGCUUCAUCAUUGGUUUCCGUUGAUUUGAAAUCGUCAUACAGAAGAGUUACCAUAGACCUUCUGUCAGAGGGUCCAAAUAAAGCUCUUGCAGUAGAGGGGAAAGUUUUUUUCUUUGUUAGGACUGAAGGUGUUGCUCCCCUAUACUAUUUGCUUUGUGAUUCAAAUCAAUCCUGCUUUGUUGUCUCGAUUUAUGGUGUGCGUACCGAUGUGAUUAAAGAAGGAGAUCAGCUAACAAUGCUUGACCCUUAUUUUCGUGAUGUUGAUUUGGUGUGGAACGAGAAGCAUUACCAGUUCAAGUCUAUACGCCUGGAUUUCUAUGAACAAGUGCUUGUAAAUGGAAAAGCUUUGACUCCUCAACAAGCUGUACGUACGUCAAUAUAUGCUCAACAUAAACCCUGA